AUGAGUAGAAGGGGAAGAAGAACCGUGAUAGAUGAUGACGACGACCUUGAGUUCGAGACCAAAGAGGAAUUGCCUCCCAGAAGAAGUCGUAAGGCCAAUUCAUACAACGAGGACGAUGCUUUUGAAGGGCUUGAAGGAAUCGAAGGAAUCGAGGAUGAACCUCUAGAAGAGGCCCCAAAGGAAGAACCCGACCAGGAGCCCGAAGACAUCUUCUCCCCCAGUGAAGAAGAGAAGGAUGAUGGGGGUGAUGACUACGUCGAACAUGCCCCUUCAUCCAGAAGGAAGAGGAGCAGAAGCAAACGCACCAGAAUCGAGUCAGAAGACGACGAGUUCUACGAUGAAGGUGGGGUAAGUGAUGAUGACGACUUCAUAGAAAAGCUCGAACAGAAGCAGUUCAUCGCCACUGACGAUGAAGAUGACGAUAACGAUGACUUCGGAUAUGGAGGAGCGCCGCCCAGAAAGAAGAAAACUCGUUCCAGAACCCGGUCGAUAGAACCAAGACCCAGGGGAAGACUCACAAGAUCUGGAAGAGCCCACGGGGAGGACGAAGCACCGCAUUCCCCUGAAGGUGGAGAUUCUCCUGAGGAAGAUGAUAUCAAGAGGGAGAUCGAGGAUUUGUAUGACUCAUCCCCCAUGAAUACUCCCGUCAAACACAAAUUGAGGGACAGGAUUCAAAAGGUCGAUUACACAAUUCCACCACCAAUUACGGCCGAUCAUCAGCUAGACUCAGUAAGAGGACCUACUCCUCCAUUCAGCAGAUCUCGAGGUCGCAAGCAACCCAGCAAAAAUGACUAUAGAAAAAUCUUGUUUCCAACUGCAGGUCCUUUUGGAGGUAGUGAUGUCAUAUCGUUAUUCGGAACAAACAUACCCCCUGGGGGUAUCCCUAUACCGGGAAUGACCAACGACAACAACAUGACAGCGAUUGGUCAAAAUUUGAGUGACUCUGAUUCAUCGGAGGAUGAAAUUGCACCAAUAAAUGGCGAGGCUACCCUCUCGAAGAAGAAGCCCAGCUCUGGACCGAAGCUUAUUACUGGUGGCUCGGAUGAAACGAAGGGCAAAAAGAAGAAUAACUUAAGUGAUACUGAUCCCUUAGGUGUUGACAUGAAUAUUGAUUUCACAGCCGUUGGAGGUUUGGACAACUACAUUAACCAAUUGAAAGAAAUGGUAGCUCUUCCAUUAUUGUACCCAGAGUUGUAUCAAAUUUUUGAUAUUACUCCCCCAAGAGGUGUUUUAUUUCAUGGACCUCCAGGUACUGGUAAGACCUUAAUGGCCCGUGCUUUGGCGUCAAGUUGCUCAACUUCGGAAAGAAAAAUAACAUUUUUUAUGAGGAAGGGUGCUGAUUGUUUGAGUAAGUGGGUUGGUGAAGCUGAAAGGCAGUUGAGACUUUUAUUUGAAGAAGCAAAGAAUCAACAACCCUCUAUUAUCUUCUUUGAUGAGAUCGAUGGUUUAGCACCAGUUAGAUCUUCAAAGCAAGAGCAAAUCCAUGCAAGUAUUGUCUCUACAUUGUUGGCAUUAAUGGAUGGUAUGGACAACAGAGGUCAAGUUAUUGUUAUUGGUGCCACUAACAGACCAGACUCCAUUGAUCCUGCCUUAAGAAGACCAGGUAGGUUUGAUAGAGAAUUUUACUUUCCAUUGCCUGAUAUCAAAGCAAGAAGGGAGAUCUUGGGUAUCCAUACAAAAAAUUGGAAACCACCUUUAAGUCCUGACUUUGUGGAAAAAAUUGCUGAACUUACAAAAGGCUAUGGUGGUGCCGAUCUCCGUGCAUUAUGUACCGAAGCAGCACUUUACAGUAUUCAAAGAAAGUACCCUCAGAUCUAUAAGACGAAUGAAAAGCUAGAAGUUAACCCAUCCAAGAUUACAGUCAUAGCAAAGGAUUUUAUGAGAGCAUUGGAAAAAAUUGUUCCAUCCAGUGCUAGAUCAACAUCCUCUCCAUCAUCACCCUUACCCGAACAUUUAAAAUCAAUUUUACAGAGUAACCUUGAUCAAGUAAUGAAGAAAUUGGAUAGAAUCUUGCCAGGACUUGCAGAAGCAAAGAACAAGAAGUUAACGGCCCUUGAAGAUGCUUUGUAUUUAGAUCCAUCUAUCAAGGAUAAAGAUGGUGGAUUCUCCAAACAUACUUUGUUAAGAAAUUUAGAGAGUUCCAGGGUUUUCAAACCGUAUGUAUUGAUUACAGGAGAUCCUGGCUCCGGCCAGCAAUAUUUGAGUUCGGCUAUUAUGAAUUACUUGGAAGGAUAUCAAAUUCAAUCAUUGGACUUAGGAAAAAUGUUUGGUGAUCCAGCACAAUCCCCCGAGCUGAUUAUCAUUCAAGCGUUCGUUGAAGCUAGAAGACAUCAACCAUCCAUCAUUUUUAUCCCAAACAUUGACGUUUGGUUCAAAGUUGCCAAUUAUUCUACUCAGGUAACGUUGACCACGUUAUUAAGAAAUCUCAAGAGCACAGAGAAAGUUCUUUUACUUGGUGUUUCUGACACGGCAUACAAUAGUUUGGAUGGUGAUAUCACCAAGGUUUUUGGUCACGAAAAUCAUGUAGGAUUGUCAUUACCAUCAGUUGAGGAGAAGAAGGAAUUUUUCAAGACCUUGAGGACCACUAUUACAAUGAAACCAUAUGAGUUUAUCAAUGAUGUUGAAAACAGACCGAAGAGAAAAUUAAAAGAGCUUAAAAUCGUCAAGAAUGUCACUAGUGUAUCUGAUGAGCUGAGUAAUAAGAAAAAAUUGAAGCAGCAAGAGUACAGCGAUUCAAAAUUAAAGAAUGUGCUUAAACUCAAGUUGGCGGGAUUAAUGGACUUGUUCAAAGUCAGGUAUAAGAGAUUUAAGAAGCCUAUCAUUGAUGAGAAUUUGUUAGUGCACUUGUUUGAGCCUGCUAUCUUGGACAAUCCAUUGAAUCAAUAUGAAGUAUUGUAUGCAAAAUCUACCGACAAGGAUCAUGAAAAUAUGUUGCUUGAGUUGUCCACAGGUAGAUACUACCAUAAUAUGGAUUUGGAUAUAAUUGAGGAAAGACUCUGGAAUGGAUACUACAGUGAACCAAAGCAAUUCUUAAAGGAUAUUAAAAUGAUUGUUAAAGAUUCCAUCACCCAAGGUGAUAGGGAACGUAUCCUCAAGGCUAAUGAGAUGUUGACUAAUGCCCAAUUUGGUAUUGAUGACUUGAGCACUCCAGAGUUUGUCAAAGCUUGCAAAGAAGUGAGGGCUAGGGAAAUUGAGAAACAACAGUCGCUUUUGAAAGAGCAC